AUGAAUCUGAUUGGCUGGGAGGAUCUUUAAACUACAAGGCGGAAGGAUUUGGAGAUGCAAAAAUGACAGCAGAAGUCGAGUUUCUUCGAGAUCAAGUGAAUCGUUUAAACUCCGUCCUGGGUCGAUAUCAGGAUGAAUUUCCUCCUCCCUCCUCAGUGUCACAGACCGGUGAUGUGGUCAUGGAAUCUGCAGCUCCCUGUCUCUCAGACAGAGGUCUAAUGGCUCCUCUAAUAGAAGAAUAUGACAGGCACAUACAACAGAUGGAGAUGCAGCUCAAGUUCUAUCAGAGGCAGAUGACAGACGUCAAAGCAAGCCUGGAGCAGGUGGUUAAGGAAAAUGAGCGGCUUCAUGCAGAGCAGAGAAUGUCCAUUGAAAAGCAGUUGCAGUCUCUGUCCACUGGAACAGGAGGAGACGCAACAGCAGAUGCAAUCGCCAUUAGCAAUCUCGAGGAGCAGGUCAAGUGUGCCGUGGAGGAGAAAGAACGGGCUCUUCAGAUGUGGCAGACAGCUUCACAGGAGUUGGAUCGACUGCAGACCCAGUACCAGAGCUCCAUAAGUUACGGACAAAUACACGCAGUUGAACGGCAACACAUGCAGAAUCAGCUAGCGCAGGUUCAGCAACACAGCCAGAAGUUCCAGCUGACCAAUCAGAAGCUGGAAUCAACCAAUCAGCAGUUCCUGAAGACGGUGGCGGAACAGAGCAGUGAGCUGGAGGAGUUACGCAGCCAACUCAGGCAGGCAAAGCUUGAGCAGAGAUCUUCUGCGACUAAAGUGGAGGAGAUGACCAGACUCCUGCAGAAUGUCCAGGAUCAGAUGCAGAGGAGGGAAGAGGACGCAGCAGAAGCUCAGGGUAGAGAAGAAGCAUCUGAUCGGAGACUACAGCAACUACAAGCAGCACUGAAGCAGCUAGAAGCCAGACUCAAAGCUGCAACGCAGGACUCUGAGUCAGUGCGCAGGAAGCAGACGGAUUGGGAGCGGCAAGUGGGAGACCUGCAGGGUCGCUGCGCCUCUCUGGAAGAGGAGAAAUUUGAAGCCCUCAGUCGCCUCCGCAACUCUAUCCAGCUGGCUGAGGAAGCCUCGCUUCAGAGAGAACAGGCUCAGCUGAGGGAGAAACAGAGAACAGAAGAGCUGGAGAAGAUGAAAGAUGCCAUGAAGCAGCUGAUCCAGGAUGCUGCCAUGCGCACCAGGAAAGAGGUAGAGAGUGUCCGUAAGCAGUGUAACGUUCAGAUUCAUCGUAUGGCUGAGGAGCUUUCUGGCCUGCAACUGGAAUGUGCCGAUAAAGAGACACAGAUUGAAAGAGCCCAUCGGGAGAGAAAAGCUGUGGAAGAGGAGCUGGAGAAGGUCUAUAAAGAGGGCCGAGUUGGAGAGCCUGAGAUGAGGAAGAUGGACGCUCUCCAUCAGAGAUGUUUAAAUGCUGAACGACUGAAGGACGAAAUGCAACUCACACUCAACAGCACUAAAAACACGAUGAAGAAGAUGGAGAUGGAGUAUUCAGAGGAGCUGUCGCGCUGUCAGGAGGAGGUGCGGAGGCUGCAGUCCACGCUGACGAGUGCGAGACAGGAGAGUACAGCCAUCAGUGAGGAGAGACUCAUGCUGCAGCAAGAGAGCCAGCAACUGCACAGAGACAUGGAAGCACUGCGCAAAGAGUGUGCGCUCGCUCAGAGACGUGCCAAACAACAGGUUACAAAUAACUGCAUUCUCAUAGACCAGGGGUGUCAAACUCAAUCCCUGGAGGGCCAGAGCCCUGCAUAGUUUAGA